GGCGGGGCCAAAGUCGGCCGGAGACAAGGAGUCGGUCGGGGGCGUCAAAAUGGCGGCCGAGGCCCGCGCGCCAAGUUGAUUGUCGAUCUGCCGCUUCCCAGAACCUGGGCGUGGUGCUCCUCGAGGCCAAAGAUGAUUUCAGCCAUUCCCUGUCUCAUCUGCAGAUGCUGCCGACAGGGUCAGAAUGCCAGGCGCCGUGCCUUCUCCAGUGCCCUCUGCAACUGGUCUCCAGCCAGGAACAGCAGUUACUAUGAUUUGUUGGGGAUCAAACCAGAUGCCACUUUGGAGGAGAUCAAGCAUGCCUUCUUCAGCAAAUCCAAGAAGCUCCAUCCUGACAGCAACCCGGCCAACCCGGACCUGCACAACCAGUUUGUGAAGCUGAACGAAGCCUACCGGGUGCUGAGCAAGGAGAGCAGCCGGCGGCACUACGACUUCCUGAGAGUGGCUCAGAGGCCCUGGCCUUCCUCCAGCAGCCAGAACCGUGGCCCCAAGGGAAGCCCGUUUGAUUUCGACAGCUUUGGAGCAAGGCGUGAGCCGGAGCCCAAUGACAACAUCCGUUACUGGCAGCAGUUCCACGCGACCCGUCCAGAGCCCUUCUCGGGUCCUGAGCUGGAUCAAAAGCAGCGCCUUAACCAGCAGCUCUUUGGCUACUGUUUGCUCUUGAUGCUGGGCAGCCUGCUUGUCCACUACGUGGCCUUCAGGAAGCUGGAGGACGCUCACAACCGCUUCAUGGAUGAGAAGGACCGAAGCAUAACUCAGAUUUACAACACGAACAAGGAGCAAGCCAGGUCCAACAGCCUCCAGAAGCAGCAGGAGCUGCUGCGGCAGAAGCAUGCCCAAUACAGCCAGCGCUACGGCAUCCGGCAGGAACCACUUCCACAAGCAACAGGAGCCUCGGACUCUAUCAAGGACUCGGCUUCUCCCUUGUCUGCUGCCAAGUGAAGCCCAGGUCCUGGACUCGUGUCUCCCGACAGUUGGUGGAGAGUGUCUGAAGCCAAGUAUGGAGGAGAGGAUAUGUGUGUGGGGAGGGAACUGUGGGCUGAGUGCCCCCCCCCGCUGCUCAUCUGUAAAAUAGAACCAUG